GCUACCAAGCUGAUGGUUUGCAGUGUCUAUGACCAUAUACCAGCUGACAAGCGAGAUCGACAGUGUCCAGAUCCUAGACUGUAGAGACCUCGUUUUCCUUGGAACUAUCUGAACAAGUUGUUGGUGCUGAGACUAGCUGAACAAUCUGUACUCGCAGGAGUUGGUUCCGCUGAAUACAAUAGUAGGUGGGAUAUGGGGCUGGUGACGGUAAAAAGGGGCAACAUGUGCGCAUGGCCGGUGUGACUGCGGAGAAGCGACACACUGGCUUUGGGGCGUUCUUGUCCCGUGCCAUUCGGAUUCGCAAGGGACCAGAAAACAACCUUGAGAGCGUCUGCACAGUUUCUGUAGUCAAGGAUAUUGCACAGUCACCACGGAGCGAAGAUGGUGUUGGCGUGUUUCAUCGCUGUUCCCCAGUUUUGAUACCAAGAGAGCCAUGAGCACUGAGGGGGCGGGGCCCAACCACAUCAUACCAUGAAGAGAAGCCUGCAGGUCCUGAGCUGCCAGCUGCUGAGUGUACUAGUGAUCCUGCUGCUGCCAGCGGAAGGGGUGUCCUCUACCCAGGAGCGGCGCGUCAGCAGGGUGCCUCCGGACUCUGGUCUGCACCUCGCCGUCUCCAUGGCGACACAGAGCCCCACCCCGACGCCUUCCCCAGACGUCCUGGCCUUGCAUGAAGGGUACAGGAGGGGGGCGGGGCCUACGCAGGCUGUCAGUCACACCGUUGCCGUGGACAUCUUGGGCUGGCUUCAGACCACCUCGCCUUUAGGCGCUGAAGCCCUCAGUCAGCUCCACAGCCCCUGGCCUCUCAGCAACCUUCCUCUUGAUGCAAAGACCCUCUUGCCCGGCCCUGGAACUUCAAGAGGGGACAUGCUGGAGUCCCUGGGCCCUGUCCAGGUAGUGUCUGUGGAGGACCCCACAGACUCGGGUGGGCCUCACCCAGCCUCCAAGCUGCGGCCCAAUCUUUCCACAACACUGGAGCAGGAACAUAGAGGCCUCUCCCAAUCCUUGCUUGGGCGAGCUCGUCCCCACGUUAUUGCUCUGCGUGAGGUACAUCCCUCCCCCUCCGAUAGUUGGGCAACCCCCCGGCCGGCAAUGGAUGGGAGCUCGACAGAGCUGCCAAACUCUGUACCCCCCUCCCCCUCCUUCAGCCGUACCACAGCAGGAAGUGACAUCACAGUGCACAGCACCACGGAUGUACCUCCGAUCAACGUCACAGACUCUGGGACCUCAUUGGACAAUGGCACCGACUCCGCCCCCCUGCCACCCCCAGACGGUGCCCCGAGUCCGAGCAGGGGGGGCGAGCCCCCAGUAUGGGAUGGCUCCUCCACUGUCGGCCCCACUGGGGGCCUCCUCGACAGACUCUUUCCCGCCGUCACUGCGGGGCCCGGGGGGCCUGGGGGGCCCGGCAACCACACGGACCCCUCCCUGGCCCCCCCGCACCCCAGCCCCGCCCUCUGCCUCAGCAGGGUGGAGGUUAUCUGGAUGGUGCUGGCCAUCAGUGUGCCUGUCGCCUCCUGCUCUGUGCUCCUGACGGUGUGCUGCAUGAGGACGAGGAAGAAGAAGAAGGCUUCGGGCCAGGAGAGCAGCCUGAGCUACUGGAACGAUGCCAUCACCAUGGACUACUUCAGCCGGCACGCCGUGGAGCUGCCCCGCGAGAUCCAGCCGCUGGAGACAGCUGAGGAGCAGGAGACCUUCCUGUCCCCCAAUGGAGACUACGUGGACAACGGCAUGGUGCUAGUGAACCCCUUCUGCCAGGAGACACUCUUCAUUAGUCGGGAGAAGCUCUACAAGAGCUAGAGUCACCAUCUUGUGACAUCAUCAGAAGGAGAUGGACAGAAAAGGCCUUCGCCCAUGCCGUUCUCUCUCCCAGGAGGUUGUUGACCCUUUUUUGCAUAGGUGAUGACAGUUUUUUCGCUGUAUCUGUAACAGAAAUAAAUAACUCGAAAGUCGAAGAAACGAAGAUAGAGGUUAUUUACCCUGAGUAUGCGCCAGCAUAUUUUUCUGAUGUACAUUUUCUAUGACAGCCUAAUUGUGAUAAGGGUUUUUACAUCUUUUUUUAAAAGCUUUGUUCGGUUGUGGUUUUGUCACUGCGGUGUGGUGGCGAGUGAGCACUUGUGUAGCAGCUUGAUUUUAGCUGUUUGAGAGCAAUUAAGUUAAGCGCAAGCAUUUCGUCGGCAUUACCCAAAUGAUUCUUAAAUGAAAGCCUGUUGAACUUGAAUUCUGCUUAAAUGCAUGAGGGGGCAUUGAAAGAGGAAUAUGGGCCCUUGGCGGAACUGGUUUUCCCUUGGCAGUGGGGUCAUUGGGAAGACUGUAGCUGUGGGACAUGGUAAUGGCUGGGUGUCAGGUGAGGAUCAUCCCAGUGUUCCCCCAUGAAUGUCCCAGGCCUAAAGGUGUAACAGUGGGACUUCUGUAAGCAUCUAGAGACCAAAAAAACCAACCUGCAACUUGUAUAUUGUACCAUAGCAGAUUGUGCUUGCAUAUUGCACUGUGAUUUUCUUUGGAAGGCUGAAAACUGACCGUACUGAUGGCUGUAACUGAGGUGGUAUUGAUAACCUAUGUUAAAAGUAAAAGUUCUGAGGGGGCAGUGCAUCGUUCUAAGGACCCGAUUGGUCAAGAUUAGGUGGAGACCGCACUGUGGCUCAGGAUGUAAGUGUUAUGUGUCAGUGUCUACAGUAUCAGGAAGAUAAGAUGUCUUAUGGAUGGAAAAAAUAUGAUUAUUAUUCAAUUUUCUGUUGUAUAAGAAUUUAUUUUUAAUCUGUGGUCUUUUAAUAUUGGAAAACAAAUUGUUUGCUCCUCUCCUCUGUGGCUCAUUGCUAUGUAUCAGCUGAACUAUGUGCCUCUGUGCGUAAGACUGUGCUUGUGAAAUUAUUUUCCUUACAAAUUGGACAGUAUAGAGACCUACCAGGCUUUGAGAGCCUUGUUAAAAACAGCUAAACAAAAUGAGGCUGGAGGGGGGGAGGGGUUUGAACUUGUAUCCGAGGGCAAGCCUUUUUUGUAUUGUAGUUACACACACUGUAUUUUUCACUACUGAGCAAUAAAAGAGACAG